AUGAACCCCAUCACUGGAAAAAAGCGUGCCAGAGUUGAUGAAGAUGAAGACCAGGACGACUACCACCCGAGGUACAGGCCACCACCCUUCUGCCAGGACUGUGGAGCGAGGUCCCACCCGGGAAUAUGCCUCCCCCGCUGCUACCACUGCGACAGGAGGCAUCCUGGGGUCUGUACGGCAUUCUGUAAGAAAUGUGCAGAAAUCGGCCACUCGUGGCGUCACUGCCGGCUGUUCGUCCCUGAACACAUGUGGCGAAAACAGCGCCGUGCAUUGCGUACAAUCAUUGACAACGUCAGCAUCAGUAUUCCUGUGAUCGACCCUACGCCGGUGGCGACUUCGACAUCACUGAAUGCUGCUAUACUCACUCAGCUUGAUACAGCCCUCAGUGGGCUCCAUAGCAAGGCAGGCGUUCCAAUGCACUCACGUGUCACUAUGAACAAUGUUAACAUUACAACGAAUAUUCUUGCCAAUGGACGAGCUUGUCAUCUUGCUCCAGACGCUUCAUUACUGAAUAGGGUCAAACGAACUCCGGCAGGACCGAGAUCUGGCGUCCCCAAUACGAGGCCUGUUCCCACAGAUCCCAUUCAGACGAAGCACACUUUUGCCCAGCCAGCCUUCGCUCGUUCGGCGUCUCCCAAGCCUAUGUUCUCCCAGCCUAUAUUUGGCCAAACUGCCUUUUCUCACCCGACCUUUUUACAGAACAACGAUAUCGGGAUGACCCCGACUUGGCCCCGUCACACCCGAUUUUCUGCUAAUGCGAAACGCUGA